GACGCCUGGGCAGCCACGGCGGCGGGGCCGCGGCGGACGCCGGCUCAGCCCGCCCCUUUCUCCCACCGCCUCCCUGCCCCGCCCCGCGCCUCGCCGGCCGCUGUCAGCUCCCUCAGCGUCCGGCCGAGCAGCUGUGUAUGCUGAGCCGCUGCCGCAGCCGACUGCUCCACGUCCUGGGCCUUAACUUCCUGCUGCAGACCCGCCGGCCGAUUCUCUUCUGCCCUCCCCGUCUCAUGAAGCCGCUGGUAGUGUUCGUCCUCGGCGGCCCCGGCGCCGGCAAGGGGACCCAGUGCGCCCGCAUCGUCGAGAAAUAUGGUUACACACACCUUUCUGCAGGAGAGCUGCUUCGUGAUGAAAGGAAGAACCCAGAUUCACAGUAUGGUGAACUUAUUGAAAAGUACAUUAAAGAAGGAAAGAUUGUACCAGUUGAGAUAACCAUCAGUUUAUUAAAGAGGGAAAUGGAUCAGACAAUGGCUGCCAAUGCUCACAAGAAUAAAUUCUUGAUUGAUGGGUUUCCAAGAAAUCAAGACAACCUUCAAGGUUGGAACAAGACCAUGGAUGGGAAGGCAGAUGUAUCUUUCGUUCUGUUUUUUGACUGUAAUAAUGAGAUCUGUAUUGAACGAUGUCUCCAGAGGGGAAAGAGUAGUGGUAGCAGUGAUGACAACAGAGAGAGCUCGGAAAAGAGAAUUCAGACAUACCUUCAGUCAACAAAGCCAAUUAUUGACUUAUAUGAAGAAAUGGGGAAAGUCAAGAAAAUAGACGCUUCUAAAUCUGUUGAUGAAGUUUUUGAUGAAGUUGUGCAGAUUUUUGACAAGGAAGGCUAAUUCUAAACCUGAAAGCAUCCUUGAAAUCAUGCUUGAAUAUUGCUUUGAUAGCUGCUAUCAUGACCCCUUUUUAAGGCAAUUUUAAUCUUUCAUAACUACAUCUCAAUUAGUGGCUGGAAAGUACAUGGUAAAACAAAGUUAAUUUUUAUGUUCUUUUUUUUGGUCACAGGAGUAGACAGUGAAUUCAGGUUUAACUUUUUAAAUUCAAAAAGAAUAUCCCUUUUAUAGUUUGUGCCUUCUGUGAGCAAAACUUUUUAGUACGCAUAUAUAUCCCUUUAGUAAUCACAACAUGUUAGGAUUUAGGGAUACCCGCUUCCUCUUUUUCUUGCAAGUUUUAAAUUUCCAACCUUAAGUGAAUUUGUGGACCAAAUUUCAAAGGAACUUUUUAUGUAGUCAGUUCUUGCACAAUGUGUUUGGUAAACAAACUCAAAAUGGAUUCUUAGCAGCGUUUUAGUAUUUAUCAAAUAACUGACCAUUUACUAUAGAAAGGUGAAAAAACUUAAGCUUUGUUUUACUACAACUUGUACAAAGUUGUAUGACAGGGCAUAUUCUUUGCUUCCAAGAUUUGGGCUGGGGGCACUAGGGGUUCAGAGCCUGACAGAAUUGUCAGCUUUAUUCUGACAUAAUCUAAGGGUAUGGGGCAAGGAUCACAUCUAAUGCUUGUGUUCCUUAUACUCUGUUAUAUAGUAUUAUUCAUGAUUCAGCUGAUCUUAACAAAAUUCCUAGCAGUGGAACCUUGAAGUGCAUGUGGCUAGAUUUAUGCUAAAAUGAUUCAGUUAGCAUUUUAGUAACACUUCAAAAGUUUUUUUUCUUUGUUUUCUAGACUUAAUAAAA